GUGGCGGAAAGCAGAGUUAAAAUUUCAGGUCCAGUGACCCUUCUAAAGAAUAUCCCUUGACAGAUACACAAACUGCACGGUAAAGUUGACAGCGGCGAGUUUUCUCAAUGUACUACGGUACGGCGGUUAUUCCACAGGCAGGUGGCUGUGUGCUUCAGUAACCCGUUGAAAUCGCGCCCACUCGGAGCUGCAGCUUCAACAAGUUUGGGGAUCUUUUUCUUAUCGCUUGUUUUAUUUUUAAUUUUGUCCAACUCGCGUUACUUUUCUUAAUCAUAGUCUUGAACAGGAAAAGAGCUUCUCUCCGUGUACAGAGGGAGUGUAGGUUGCUGCGGCCAUCACGCUGCCUGCUCCUCCGCUUCACUGGUCAGUGUGUUCUGGCAGAUGGCCACGAUGUUUCAAGUUGCCAGAUCGGUAUCGAACUGUGAUUACUGGAUCGACGGCUCUAACAAAGAAAGCGCCCUAGAAGAUUACUAUGAGAUCGAAGCCGAACUGGGACGCGGUGCUACUUCAGUGGUGUAUCAAUGUAGACAAAAAGGAACCGAGAAGCCUUUUGCUGUGAAAAUGCUGAAGAAAACUAUAGAUAAAAAAAUAGUUCGAACUGAAAUCGGUGUACUACUUAGACUCUCCCACCCCAAUAUUAUCAGACUGAAAGAAAUCUUUGAGACUCUAACAGAGAUUAAUUUGGUUCUGGAACUGGUCACAGGAGGAGAACUAUUUGACAGGAUUGUUGAAAAGGGAUAUUACAGUGAAAAAGAUGCUGCAAGUGCUGUCAAACAAGUUCUGGAGGCAGUUGCAUACCUGCAUGAAAAUGGAAUUGUUCAUCGUGAUCUCAAGCCUGAAAACCUUCUCUAUGCUUCUCCUACUCCAGAUGCAUUGUUAAAAAUAGCUGACUUUGGACUUUCCAAAAUUACAGAAGAACAAGUGACCAUGAAGACUAUAUGUGGAACACCAGGAUACUGUGCCCCUGAAAUUUUACGAGGUUAUGCCUAUGGACCAGAAGUUGACAUGUGGUCAGUGGGAGUCAUCACCUACAUAUUACUGUGUGGCUUUGAACCAUUCUAUGAUGAGAGGGGAGAUCAAUACAUGUUUAAAAGGAUCCUGAACUGUGACUAUGACUUUGUCUCCCCCUGGUGGGAUGAGGUUUCACUUAAUGCAAAAGAUUUGGUUAGAAAGUUGAUUGUUUUGGAUCCUAAGAAACGCCUAACUACCUAUCAGGCCCUACAACACCCCUGGGUAAUAGGAAAAGCAGCAAAUUUCAUUCAUAUGGAUAACGUGCAAAAGAAACUUCAGGAAUUCAAUGCUCGUCGCAAACUAAAAGCUGCUGUAAAAGCUGUGGUGGCAUCUAGUCGCCUUGGAAAUACCAAUAGCCAGAAUAACAUUGAAAAUACCAGCACUGACCCCAAUGACUCAUCGUUCUCACAGAACAUAGCAGUGGAAAAUGAAAACAGUCAAGAUUUACAAAGAACAAUGGAAGAUGAUGUGAAUCAACACACUGGUGAUGUUAACACUGCUAAUGCUGAUAAUGGCAGCAGUGAUGUCAGUGCUGAUACCAACACUGGUGAAGCCACCAGUGAUGUCAGUGCUGAUACCAACACUGGUGAAGCCAUCAGUGAUGUCAGCAGUGGUGAAAUCACCAUGUUAGACGCACAGGAAAGGUCAAAAGAAACACUGCAAGAAUAAGAAUUCCUUGAUGAUAUAUAGAAGAAUGGGGUGUUUUUCAGGAACUGGGAAUUGUGUGCAUCUUUCAUAGAAGUGUUAUCAUAGAGAAAAGCAGAACCAGCAUUACAAUUUAUCUUUGAAUGCAGGUUUUAAAAAAAAACUAAUUUUAUUGUCCCAGUUGUUUAAACUGUAUGCUGUGCAUGAGAGGCCAGCGGUGUAGCUUUUGUGUUGGUUUAAUAAUGGCUGUUAAUUGAUGUACAGGCUUGUAAUGAUUAAAGUUCCACUGUAUUUUCUUGCAUGCAAUUACCUCAUUAAAACAGUUUGAAUGACUUUUA